AUGGCGGACAACAUUUCCGAUUUGCUUUCUUCCCAGAAUUCCCUCACGGAAACAGAGAGGAUCCUGGUUAUCUCCCUUCUUUCUGCGCUUAGUAUUGUCAUAAUAUGCCUCAUCACAUUGAUUGCACUCACCUGCCGGAAGAACAUGAAAUCCAAAAGUGGUUCAUACAACAGAUCUAUAUCAAGGACUAGCAUCGGCAAACCUGUCUUAAGAGAAAAACGUGUUAGACUCUCUCUCUCUCGAUUGAACUCUCGAUAUAGUGAUGGGAACUUUGCAGUGAAGCGAGAUUCCUUUGUCAACAGAAGCUUUACAUCAAAUCCUUUGUAUUUCGAGAACGUUGGUUUUCAGACGAGCUUUCCCGAAAGGUCUGAACCUGCGGACUACUCAAGCAUCAGCGGAAGCGGAAGUGACGGGGUGUUUUCACUCCAGAAUGAAAAACAAAAUUCAAGUGCGGGAUUGCAAUGGUACUAAGAGACAAAAUCUACGUACAGGAAAACGAUCUUAUUUCUACAUCAUCUCAGUUUAAUCCUCUUUUUUUUUUUUAAAAAAAAAUAUUGUUUGUUUCCUUUCUUGAAUUCUCAAAAUCAAGAAGUGACCACGUUUGGAACUCAUACAUCUAUUCCUACUUCGUUAUGAUAUUUCGACAGAAUUACUUUGUACAAGUGACAAUGAUACACUUAUCCAAAAUCGAAAUAUUAUACGACUUCGUUUGAUUA